CAAAGUUCAGCAACGUGGGGACAAGCAGGAGAAGCGUUUUCUUGAGGCUUUAUCCUAUCAUAAACGGAAGAGCUGUGUUAUUUAUUUUAAAAUAAAACCUCUUUCUUUUAAUCCUUUCUUAGCUGAUUCAAGAUGAGCGUGUCGAUGCCUCAGAAACGUUACUACAGGCAGCGAGCCCAUUCUAAUCCCAUGGCCGACCACACGUUUGAAUACCCCUUGUGUCCGGCGGAGAUGGAUUGGUCUCAGUUGUACCCACAGUUUUUUAGCUCACCGAACAGUGACGGCGAGCCCUCCGUCAAAGGACCAGCCCAAGUGGACUUCGCAGAUAUCGGAUGUGGAUACGGGGGUCUCCUUGUGGAACUCUCCCCACUCUUCCCUGACAAAUUGAUCCUGGGCCUGGAGAUUCGGGUCAAGGUCUCAGACUACGUGCAAGACCGGAUCCACUCCCUGCGGGCGGCGGAACCGGGGCGGUACCAGAACAUUGCCUGCCUGCGCAGCAAUGCCAUGAAGUACCUGCCCAACUUCUUCGCAAAGGGACAGCUGAGCAAGAUGUUCUUCCUCUUCCCCGACCCACAUUUCAAGAAGACCAAGCACAAAUGGCGGAUCAUUAGCCCAACACUGCUGGCGGAGUAUGCCUACACCCUGAGAGUCGGGGGCCUGGUCUACACCAUGACGGACGUAGAGGAGGUGCACCUCUGGAUGGUGAAGCACUUCACUGAGCACCCACUUUUCAGACGUGUCCCCUCAGAGGAGCUGGUCGAUGACAUCAUCGUUGGUCGCCUGGGCACUUGCACAGAGGAGGGGAAGAAGGUGCAGAGGAAUGGGGGGAAGAACUACCUCGCUGUUUUCUGCAGAGUGCAGGAUGAGCAGAUGCUCUCAUGAAGAGGCAAAACGAAGCAGCCUGACUGAGUUUUACGAGGCCAUGUCUGGAGUCAAACCAAUCGGCCUGUGCUGUCUCCACCCAACAACCAAUCGGCCUGUGCCAUCUCCACCCCUCACAACCAAUCGGCCUGUCCCGUCUCCACCCCUCACAACCAGUCGGCCUGUCCUGUCUCCACCCCUCACAGCAAUCGGCCUGUCCCAUCUCCAUCUCUAAGGUCUGAAAUCUCAGGCUCUGAAAGUGUGCAAGAUGUGUAUUUACCAAUGGGUUUGAGUCUCUGAGUGUACGUGCUGCAGGUAGGAUGUGUAGGAGGCUUCUUCUGUGUUGUCUUUGCCAUGACCUUCUUGGGUAUCGUUUAAACGGCUCCUGUGUGCUCAGCUCUGGGCUGGCAAGAGUCAGCUGCGCGCUGCAUGUUUGCUCGUUUCCAGCCUGUGGCUUGAUGCUUUUCAAGGAACAGCACUGAUUUGGACUAAGGAGAAACAGAACCACACUCACGGAGCUGCGUGCAGUUCAGCGUUACCCUUUCCCCCUCCCAUCAUUUCAAAGUAAGCGCCCUCAGAGG